AUGGCUUUCUCCCAGGUUGUCAGCGCGCUCGACAGUCUCAAGGAUCAAGCAAAAGACGCUAUCUGGGCCCUCUCUUCAUGUCUCUGCCAGCAAUCAGCCAAAGUAAAAAUUAAUGGUCGAACGUUCAAUAUAAUAAAAGUCCUCGGCGAAGGUGGAUUCUCAUUUGUGUAUCUUGCGCAAGACGAGACUAGUGGGCGGCAAUUCGCACUCAAAAAAAUAAGAUGUCCCACUGGGUCGGAGGGCGUGAAAGAGGCUAUGCGGGAGGUGGAGGCAUACAGACGUUUCAAACAUCGAAAUAUCAUUCGAAUACUUGACUCUGCUGUCGUCCAAGAUCCUGAAGGUGAAGGCAAGAUCGUAUACCUCUUCCUGCCUUUGUACCAGGUACGUUUUCGUGGUACUUUUGGGAUAAAGCGCGGGAACCUUCAAGAUGCUAUCAACCUGAACGUCGUGAAUGGGAAGCACUUCCCUGAACAAGACAUGGUUCGGCUGUUCAAAGGCACAUGCGAGGCCGUGCGCGCGAUGCAUGAUUACCACACAACUACUGGCUCCUCUUCCGCUCAGCCUCAACCAUCUUCAUCAAGUUCAACUUCACGGGUGGAGGAGAACCACUCCGACGGAGAGGACGAGCUUUUCCCGCACCCAGAGGGCGAUAAUGAGGGCGGCUACUCUUACGACAAGUCUGUGAACAUGCCCCUGAUGACAAAACACCGCGCCGAGGGGGAUGGGGACGUGAUAUUUGAUGGGGACGAGGAAGCAUCUGCGAUUCAAAUUGCUCACAAUGGGAGUGUGCCACAGGGAAAGAGCGAACACAUUCCAUACGCUCACCGAGAUUUGAAACCUGGGAACAUUAUGAUUGCAGACGACGGAGUCACUCCCAUACUGAUGGACUUUGGGAGUACCAUAAAAGCAAGAAUACGGAUAAACAAUCGAUCGCUGGCUCUACUACAGCAGGAUAUUGCCGCAGAGCAAAGCACGAUGGCAUACCGCGCUCCAGAACUUUUCGACGUGAAGACAGGUGUUGCUCUUGAUGAGAAAGUUGACAUAUGGUCACUCGGAUGUACGCUCUUCGCUCUGGCAUAUUCACAUUCGCCAUUCGAAAACAUUCAAACGACAGAACAAGGUGGCUCGAUUGCGAUGGCCGUAUUGAACGCCCAGUAUAAACACCCGAGCUCAGCGUAUUCACAAGGGCUGAAGGAUUUGAUUGAUUGUAUGCUGAAGGUUAAUCCCAAAGACAGACCGAAUAUCCACCAGGUUAUUGUCAUGACCGACAGAGUUCUACAGUCGUUGUUGUAG